GCCGCUGGAGGGCUCGGCAUCUCCGCAUCGCCGUGUCGCUCUCCUCCACCACCACCAACCACCCCCCAUCGUGGACACCACGUCUUCUUCUCCUCCUUCUGCACCGGUCGCUCUUUGACCUUCCCCACGGUCCCUUGACCCUGUCCAAUCCAAUUGUGCCCCUAGCCCAUGCCUGAUCGCUCCUUUCCCUCCUUUUAAACCCACGCCUCGCGCCUCCUCCGUCUCCUCCGUCUUGCCAACAUCGGCGUGGUCUUCCCUCCGACCGCGUUCCCCUCUGUCGAUUGAACGAGUGCCGGUUCUUCCCCUCGGUGUCCCUCUCUGCCCCCCCGCCGCAGCGAUGGCGGCCAUGGAGGAGCUGGAGAUCCACAGCAAGUCCUACUUUGUGCGCUGGGUGUCGGUCAAGUCCGCCCACACCAUCUCGUGGAGCAUCCAACCCCACAAGAAAUCCAUCAACUUUGGCAUCUUCAAGCAUCCCGGCCAUUCCGCCGUGCUGGGCUCCAACACCAACCUGCCCGCCACCGACGCCCCCAACACCGAAUCCACCGAGAACCUGCCUGCCACCGCCGGCGCCCUGCGUCCCAAUGCCUCCGUCAUCGACAAGCUGACGGCCAUUGGCCUCAAGCAGAUCCAAUGGCUCGGCAAAUGCGAGGCCGAACGCAUCUUCCGCGGCACCUACGACGUACCGGCCCACGAGGGGGGGAACUACGCCCUGGUCUUUGACAAUACCUUCUCCAAGCAGAUCUCCAAGACCGUCACCCUCGCCCUGCUCACCUACCCGACCGCGCUGCCGCCGCAGUCGGUCCCCGUGCCCCAUGCCUCCAGCCAGCCCGUCCAGCGAUCCGAUACCGCCGAGUCCGGGAAGCCCCUGGCCGCCCGCCGCCGGGGGAACAGCAUGGCUCAGCCACCUCCCCUGCUCAGCGAUCCGGAAUCGGGCAGAACCUACACGGGCCUGCUGCAAAAGCGCCGGCGGAAGCGUCAUCAGGGCUGGGCCCGCCGCUUCUUCUCCCUGGACUUCACCUCGUCGACCUUAUCCUACUACCACGAUCGGAAUUCCUCCGCCCUCCGCGGCUCCAUCCCUCUGUCUCUGGCCGCGGUCGCAUGCAACGAGAAGUCGCGCGAGAUCUCCAUUGAUUCCGGCACCGAGGUGUGGCAUCUCCGCGCCUACAAUGACCAGGAAUUCGGGGCCUGGAAGCGCGCGCUGGAGCGGGCCGCCUCCGCCUCGCCCUCCAAGACCCCCGCCGACGACACCCUGCAGCCCGAGCCCCUGUUGCGGGUGCCCUCCCAGCGCGUCAUCACGAAUGCCGCUGAGGAGCGGGAAUGGGCGCACGUCGAGGGCCUCGUGAGCAAGGUGUCCGGGUCGCGCGACGCCGUCCGCCGUCUAGCCAAGGACACCGACCCGAAGUACCUGGGCGGCAAUGCCUCGGAGAAGCCGCGCGGCCGCUCGCCCAGCCCGCAGCGCACGCCCACGGACCUGAACGGCGAUGAGUCCGCCGACGCCAGACGCCCCUUCUGGAAGCGCAAGAACAGUACCGCCACGCAGCCCGGGGUCAAGCGGUCCACCACCAUGGCGUCCAUGUCCUCGCAGCUGGCCGUGCCCGGGGCCUUCGAUACGGCGUCCCUCUCGGGCGAUCGCAAGCCCAGCAGCGUCUCCAGCCACCCGGAUCAGAUGGAGGAGAUCCACGAACAUCUCAUGGCCGUGCUGCGCGACUUGGACCAGGUCAUCAGCGAGUUUUCGUCCUUGAUCUCCGAGAGCAAGCAGCGCCGACACCCCCCGGGGGCCGCGGUGCAGUCGCGCCGCAGCUUCGAGUCCGAUGUCUCCCAGGAAUUCUUCGAUGCCGACGACGGCAACCUCCUCACGAUCAAGGGCGACAGCGACGACGACGACGACGACGACGUGGCCGACCACGCCUCCGGGAACACCGCCGGGGAGCCUCAACCCCAGGAACCGGUGGCCGACGACGCGCCCUCGGACAGUGAGGAGGAAGCCGACGAGCCCGCUGGCGGCGCGCACGAUCAGUUCUCGCCGCUCUUCCCAGCUCGACCCAAAACCCUCACGCCCCUGCCCCUCAGCGCCGUGGCGCGCCGCACCAACAUCACCGCGCCCACGGUCAUGCCCCCGAGUCUGAUCGGCUUCCUCCGCAAGAACGUCGGCAAGGAUCUGUCGCAGAUCUCCAUGCCGGUCUCCUCCAACGAGCCCCUGUCCCUGCUCCAGCGCGCCGCCGAGGUCCUGGAGUACUCCACUCUCCUCGACCGCGCGGCCAGCGCCGCCGACCCCGUCGAACGCCUCAUGUAUGUCACGGCCUUUGCCCUGUCCCCGAUCUCCAGCAACCGGGUCCGCGAGCGCGCCAUCCGGAAGCCCUUCAAUCCCAUGCUCGGCGAGACCUACGAGCUCGUCCGCGAAGACCUCGGCUUCCGCUUCCUCGCGGAGAAGGUCUCGCACCGCCCCGUCCAGCUCGCCUACCAAGCCGACAGCAAGGACUGGAGCCUGACGCAGUCGCCCAUGCCGACCCAGAAAUUCUGGGGCAAAUCCGCCGAGAUCAUCACCGAGGGCAAGAUGCGCCUGACCCUCCACACCACCGGCGAACACUUCAGCUGGGCCCAAGCCACCUCCUUCCUCCGCAACAUCAUCGCCGGCGAGAAAUACGUCGAGCCCGUCGGCGAAAUGUCCGUCACCAACGAAACCACCGGCCACCGCAGCAUCACCACCUUCAAAGCCGGCGGCAUGUUCUCCGGCCGCAGCGAGGACGUCAGCACCAAGGCCGUCGACAGCGCCGGCCGCGACCUCCCCCUCGGCCUCACCGGCACCUGGACCACCACCCUCGACCUCACCCAGAACGGCUCCCCCACCGGCACCGUCUGGACCGCCGGGCCCCUCGUCCCCAACGCCCCCAAACACUACGGCCUCACCUCCUUCGCCGCGACCCUCAACGAAAUCACCCCCAUCGAGGACGGCAAGCUCCCCGCCACCGAUUCCCGCCUUCGGCCGGACCAACGCGCCCUCGAAGACGGCGACGUCGACCAGGCCGAGACCGUCAAGGUCCAGCUCGAAGAAGGCCAACGCGCCCGUCGUCGCGACAUGGAAGCCGCCGGCGAAUCCUGGACCCCGCGCUGGUUCACCCAGGUCGACGAGGACCAGGCCACCGGCGAGACCGUCUGGCGGCUGAAGUCCGGGAAAGAGGGCUACUGGGAUGAACGGUCCCGGGGGUCCUGGACGGGUGUCGUGCCGGUAUUUCAACCGUAGGCACCGUCAUCAUCAUCAUCAUCAUCAUCAUCAUCAUCAUCAUCACCAUUAUCAUGUUACAUACUACCGGUGAUGAGAUAGGUGGGAUGUGUAUAGAGGUACAUAUGUAUGUCUGUCGUUGGCAGGGAGACAAAGUAGUUAGAUUCGGUUUCUUCUCUCAUCUCUCUUUUCUCUCUCGGUGUAUUGAUUUAUCUUAUCCUUUACUGGAUUGAACAGGAA